AUAAAUCCGGUAGUAGCAUCUUCGGAUUGCGCGUUGUAAUUAUCGACUAGUUCGACGGACACUUUGAUAUUUAAAAUUACAUUGUAGUGUAGACACAAAGAACAUAAAAUGAACGUGAGAUCGUGUUUCUUAUUGACUGCGAGUGUUUUACAGCUAGUAACCGCAGAAUGGAAUACGAAAGAUUAUAUGAAACGAGAACAUUCUUUGAUCAGACCGUAUCAAGGUUCUGGAAUGAUAAUACCUUACUGGGAUUUUACUGGUAGUACAAUGGUAACAAGUAAUUAUAUAAGAAUAACACCGGAUUUACAAAGUAAACAAGGUGCCAUAUGGAAUUCUGUUAUGUGUUAUGUAAGGAACUGGGAGCUCCAAGUUCACUUUAAAGUUCAUGGAAAAGGAAGAGAUCUGUUCGGCGAUGGUUUUGUCAUUUGGUAUGCAAAGGAAAGAAUGCAAUCUGGUCCUGUAUUUGGGAAUAAAGAUUAUUUCCAGGGAUUAGCUAUAAUUUUAGACACGUAUAGCAAUCACAAUGGCCCACACAAUCAUCAGCAUCCUUACAUAUCUGCCAUGGUUAACAAUGGUUCCCUACAUUAUGAUCACGAUCGUGAUGGAACUCACACACAACUUUCAGGCUGUGAAGCAAAGUUUAGAAACUUGGAGCAUGACACGCAUAUUGCUAUCAGAUAUGAAAGAGAUACAUUAACUGUUUCCACGGACUUCGCGAAUAAAGCUGCAUGGAAAGAAUGCUUCUCCGUGAAAGACAUAAAGCUUCCUACAGGAUAUUAUUUCGGAAUUACUGCAACCACAGGAGAUUUAUCCGACAACCACGACAUAUUGUCAAUUCGUUUGUUUGAAUUAGAUUUACCAGAUGAUCCUAAAGAUCAAGAAGAUAGAUCUAACAUAUUACCUUCGGCUGCGUUUUACGAAGCCCCACGAGACCAUAUAGAUGAUCCAAAGCAGUCUACAUUAAGCAGAAUAAUGUUCUUCAUCUUGAUGCUUGUUAGUGCACUCGCAAUAAUCGCCUGCAUCGUGAUAGGCAUUAUGUGGUAUCAGAAACAUCAAGAGAACAGUAGGAAACGGUUUUAUUAA